CUGAUCCUCCGGGCGGUCAAGCGUUUCAAUGUUUCCUCUCUCUCUCAGUCGGUAGCUCUGUCAAUCUCUGCAACAGCACCAUGACUUUUCUGGACACUCUGAGACAAUGGGAUGAGGCUGUAGCCUGUGUUGACAAGGACCUACUGCCCCAAGCACUUCAAAUCCUUGUUUCUAUUGAAGAACCAAACUCCAAAAUCUACUUCAACAUUGGCUGUCUCCAUUUAAUCAACAAGGAUUUAGAGGCUGCUGAGAAGGCUUUUGACAGAAGCAUAGGCAAAGAUGAGCAUCUGGCUGUGGCCUUCUAUCAGAGAGGAAUCACCUUCUACAAAAAGGAAAUGUAUGAGGAGAGUUUAGGAGAUUUCCAGCAUGCAUUCAAGGACCUGAGGAGCAACCAACUCAUUGAUUACAAAGCACUUGGCCUCAGACACAAGCUGUAUGCCUGUGAGGUUCUCCACAACAUGGCGUUGUGCGAGGCUCACCUGGGCCACUGGGACAAGGCCCAGGUGCACCUUGUGUCAGCACUCGACUACAAGACCGAGGCCAAGCUCACCCUCAUCGAUAGAGCUCUGCAGUCCACUCUGAAGCGGAAAUUCUUCCAGCCAGCUGUGGUCCAAUCCAAAGCGCUGUUCCGACCCAACAAGAAUUAUGUGGCUGAGCUGGAGAAGAGGGACUAUCUGGGAAAAUCAAAGGUUGUUUCCUCCAUUACUCCACAAGAUGAGUUUUCUGGAUUUGCUCCAUUACAACCACAGGUGGACGAGGGGCCUACUAUUCCUAAAGAACCUGAGGUUCUGAGGGCCUUCGAGGGAGAACCCCACAUAGUGCGCUUUGCGUUUUCCCCGGAGACGAGCGGCGAGCUGGCCGUGCUGCCCGGGAACGUAGUGUUUGUGUUGCAGAAGGGCGACGACAACUGGGCCUCAGUGGUCUUCAAUGAAAGAAGAGGCCUGGUUCCCUACAAUUACCUGGAGCGGAUGGAGAUCAAUCUGAAUUCAAAACCAACUCAAGAUGGCAACUCCCAAAUCAUUUAUUUAGCAGACCUUCCAAGGCGAAAGGCACCCACUCGACCGGAAACUGAACAAGUCCCGACACCCAGUAAGAACAACGAAGACACCAAAAACUCUGAGACUGCGGAAGACGGUGAAGAAUCGGCAUGCCUUGUGAAAGUGCAUUACAAAUUCAACCUAGCGCUCUAUAUAGACUACGGUUCUCCCUUCACUGCACUGGUGGAGCGGGUCAGCAAGAAACUGAAGCUGCCAGCGGAGGAUGUCACCUUAAGGUAUUACGUCACCUUAAGUUGCACGUCCCCAGCGGCUGGACUGACGGUAAUGGACGCCAGCACAGACAUGCAGGGGGUCUGGAGCAGUGCCAACUGUGGGCGCAUCACUCUGUGGUGUAUCCCCAAAGAGGAGCCAGUGAAAGAGAGCCCAGGGGUGCCGAUUCAUGUUGUGGCGCUAUACUCCUACGAGUCCCAGAAUCCAGAGGACCUCAGCUUUAACCAGGGGGACAGCAUCCUACUCCUCACUAAAGUGAACCGGGACUGGUUUGAAGGGGAGUGUAAAGGAAGUACUGGUAUAUUCCCUGCAGCCUAUGUGGAAGCUCCGGUGGAUGCCUUAUAACCAGUUGCUGUGUCGUUGCUGCGUGCUCACCGUUUGGAAAGUGAUUGUAGCACUGGAAGCAAUUCGCCUAUUUGAUACAUUUUAUGUACUCACAUGAUUCUUGCAACAUUUGGGUUGUAUAUACAUGCCUGAAUGCACUUAUUUUGAGUUACUUUGGACAAAUAAAUAAAUGACUAAUUGUUUGCAAUACAUAUACCUUUAACAUGACUCAACUGAGUGAACCCAUUUAUAUAUUUUCUAUGGAAUUUGUACUCCAUGUCCUCGAAGCUUAUCUGCUCAAACAGGGCUCUGUCGGGGAGCUGUCUGGCAUAUUAUUUGCAUUAACUUAUUUCUCAAUUUAUACCAUGGUCACAAGCACAGCCGUUGUAUUGAAACAACACGCAUGUGUUAAACAAUAAACUAUGGCUUCUUUGCUCGGUCUACAGGGAUUUAUUUGAAUAAGUGGUCCUGAAACAGCUUUGUAAGUGUUUGAUAGAACAGUCAAUUGUGGGCGGGACUGGGCACAGACUCCCCAGUGUAGAUAGCCAUCACAUUGUGCUACCAUCAUUUACAAUAUGAAUAAAACAUGUGCAUAAAACAACG